AAAAUCCAAGAGUAUACCACAGUAGUACAAACAUUCCAUCCAUCUCCCAGAGUCCCAAACUCAUAAUUAGCACCCAAAACCCAGACAAAAAUGUCGCCCCUCUCAAAGCCAAGAUCAGCCACAAGGACUCUCAAGCGCAUCAUAUUUCUCUCUCUCCUCCUUCCAUGUCUCCCCCAGCCUCUCCCCUCGCCUUCCCCCUCUCCCGCCCCGGCGCCACCGUCCCUGCCGCUGUCGCCGUUCAACGAGCGCCUGGACGCGGCGUACAUCGCGUUCCAGGCGUGGAAGCACGUCAUCACCGAGGACCCCAAGAACCUGACGGCUGACUGGUGCGGCCCCUUCGUGUGCAACUACACCGGCGUGUUCUGCGCCGCCGCGCCCGACGACCCGUGCAUCCUCACCGUGGCCGGCGUCGACCUCAAUCACGGACGCCUAGCCGGCGAGCUCACCGACCACCUGGGCCUCCUCGCCGACCUCGCCGUCCUCCACCUCAACUCCAACCGCUUCUGCGGCACCCUCCCGCCGUCCAUGCAGCACAUGCGCCUCCUCUUCGAGCUCGACGUCAGCAACAACCUCCUCUCCGGCGCCUUCCCCUCCUUCCUCACCUCGCUGCCGUCGCUCAAGUACCUCGACCUCCGCUUCAACGACUUCGACGGCCAGCUCCCGCCCGCUGUCUUCGGCCGGCAGCUCAGCCUCGACGCGCUCUUCGCCAACGACAACCGCUUCAACGUCUCCCUCUCCAGCGGCGGCAUCACCAACUCCACCGCCUCCGUCAUCGUCCUCGCCAACACCGCGCUCGCCGGCUGCCUCCCGCCCAGCAUCGGCGACAUGGCCGACACGCUCGUCGAGCUCGUCCUGCUCAACACCAGCAUCAGCUCCUGCAUCCCGCCGGAGAUCGGCAAGCUCAAGAAGCUCAAGGUGCUCGACCUCAGCCACAACGAAUUCGCCGGGGAGCUGCCGGACUCCAUCGGCGACAUGGAGAGCCUCGAGGUCAUCAACGUCGGAUACAACAUGCUCUCCGGCGCGGUGCCGGAGUCCGUCUGCCUGCUGCCCAACCUCAAGAACCUCACCGUCGUCGGCAACUACUUCUGCGACGAGCCCGUGUCCUGCCUCCACAUCCCGCGGCGCGACGACCGGAUGAACUGCAUCCCCGACUGGCCGCACCAGCGGUCGCACGACCAGUGCGUCGCCUUCGACCACCGCCCGCCCGUGCACUGCGCCGCCGACGGCUGCAUCCUUCCGCCGCCUAAAAGGCUAUAAUUUAAUUCCUGCGUGCCUGCGUGCGCCGUGCAUGGAAGACACUGUUCGUACCGACGACAACGGCGCGUAGCUGGUACACGACAAUUUUAAGCUACAUGGUGCGGGUCUAGGAACAGUGGAGUACCAGUCAUGAUCGCCGAACUAAUUUAGGGUCGCUCAAACACAAGUUUAUUCGUGUCGUUGGUUUGUGCGUGUGUUUGGUGGGUAAAAGGCGACCAAGAGGGAAUAUUGCAUUACAAGCGUGUUGUAUCGUAGGGCCUUUGGUUUCUUCUUUUUUCUUAGCUUUAUCUUACUUGGACAGAAAUGCCACAACUAAUGUAGAUCAAAACAAGUGUGACAUAAAGAUUUCAACAAUAAAGCAAGUUCUUUU